UUCAUCAGUUUUGUUUUUCUCUUGAUUUUCGUAAGCGUGUUUUAAAGAACGUUGUAUUAAUUUAUAUAUUUUGCAACUUUUAUUUUAAUCAAAAUGUCUGCAAAAAAAGUACGUCCACGCCUUUCCAAGGGUAUCUUGGAGAUGAAGUUCAUGCAACGCACCAAAGCGAAAGUGGAUAAAGAGAUCGAAGAAGCUGAAGGCCGCGAAAUGUAUUCUCAAGAAAUUACCCAAAAAAUGCUGAAUAGCAAUUCAAACUAUAUAAUGGAGCCAAGUUUUGUGCAUUGCGAAAAUCUUAUUGAGGGGCGACUUAGUUUUCGAGGCAUGAAUCCGGAAAUUGAACGUCUUUUAGAGUUGGAACAAGCGGAUAAACUAGCCAAUACACGACAUGAGCAACCUACUGAGGUGUCUGACAAGGAUAUGGCCUCCUUUUAUAAUGCACAGCAGGUGACAAUGCAAAAGAAAUUCCAAACAAAGGCUCAAUUCAAAGCAAAACGCAACAACGUGGAGAAAACAAAAUGGCAGAAUAAAAAAGCGAGAUUCCACAAACCUCAAGAGGACGAUGUUUAAGACAACAAUAAACGGAAAAUUAUUUCAACAAAUGUAUGUCAUACGCUUGUGGAAAUUCAAAACAUGUAUAAAACAACUCCAAACAUUAAAAAAUGUUAUAAAUGUCAUUUAUCAAACUGAUACUUUUUAGUUGACACCUACUAUCAUUAAGAAAAUUUAUAACAACAUUGAAGUAAUACAUAAUUUCUUAACUGUA